CCCUCGGUCAUCGUCAUGUCAUGUUUCAGACUUUACACUUUUGAGCCUCGAAAUUGAACAAGUCGAUUGAGACCAUCGCUCUCACUCACACUCGGUAUCUUUAUCCUUUGUCGCUUCUAGUCCCUUCUAUCAGGCUCUCGCCCGCGCAUACGACUAUAUAACUUCAGCCGCCGCCCGUCAAGUUGGCUCACCCACGUUCGCCCCGGCGCAUCCGCCUACUUGAGAAGCAACAAAAGUUUCUUGAACGACGCUCCGCCAGUAUUAGGCGCGCCAUGGCUACUCGCUCGGCUUCGACUCAAUCGCUUUCAUCAGAAAUGCCUUCUGCCUUGCCUCAGUUCCUUCGACAGGACCGAUCGACCCUCAUACAUAACUUCAACUAUCUCGAAAACGACCAACGCGAUCGACUAUCCGAACAACACGACAAUCCAGAGCAAGAGUCGGAAUGGGCCCGCUUGACAGGCAACGACAUCGCUAUUCGCAAUCGCUACAUCAAUGUUGAGCCUUUUGCCAAUAAUCGUAUCAAGCUGGCUGUCGCUGAGGGUUAUAACGAUUACAUCAACGCAUCACCUAUCGCUCUGGGCCCGCGCCGAUACAUUGCCACUCAAGGUCCGAAGAGCACUUCUACAUCUCAGUUCUACCGCAUGCUUGCCCAGGAGACAGGCCGGGAUACACCUGCCGUGGUCGUCAUGCUCACUCAGACCCAUGAGGCCGGCCGUGAGAAGUGCUUCAAGUACUUCCCCGAUACCCCUGAAACACCGCUCGAACUCCAACCAGACCCUGAGAUCAACGAUGGUUUCGAAGGCAAAGUCGAGCUCAUUUCAGUAGAAGAGGAUGCCACAAGUCGCUGUGCCAUGCGUCACCUGAAACUGCAUUACAAGUCCGCCAAAGCUGAAGAAGAUCAGAAUGACGACGAGGACUGGAAGGAGAAGGAGAUUUAUCACCUGUUGUUCGUGGGAUGGCCGGAUUUCUCGGUACCGGAAGGCGAGAACCGCAACGCCAUGCUUAAACUCAUCACAAAAUCCGCCGAACUGAACAAGCCACCGAAUGUGCCAACCCCUGCUGAAUUUCCACCUGCACUCGACCCUGCGUCUGAACCAUCGGCAACAGCCAGUCCUCGCAUCAUCCAUUGCUCGGCCGGCGUUGGCAGAUCAGGUACUUUUAUUGCUUUGGACUUCCUACUCGCUCAUCUGGAACGCGGCAACCUCGAUUCAGUCCCUGACGAUGUCGACCCUAUCUUCGAUACUGUCAAUGCCAUGAGAAGACAGCGCAUGAUGAUGGUCCAGAGCGAGGCCCAAUUCUUGUUCUUAUACGACGUUAUGCGUUUGGCAUGGUUGGAACAUCAUCGUGCCGCAGAUGCAGAGCCUUGAGACCAACACGGUGCCACUUGAUCAGACACAUAUUCCAACAUUCACAAGCUCGAUCGGGCAGCCACGGGGCUGACUGAUCGGAUCAGUCGCAGCUAUUAUGCCAUCUCGAAGACGAGGCAAGGACGCACUGCAACACUGUACAUAUGCAGAAUACUUUCUCCAGCGCGCUGGCCACCAUCGAGAGCCACACCACUCGCUCCACACAUCGCACCUUUAUGCCAUCACAGAGCUACGCACAGCUGGAAUACACGGUUUACAGCGGCUAUGAAAUAUUCCCAUCAUGAGGCGAUGAUCUAAAGAAGACACCACGGUAGCUAGCAAGUAGAUGAAAGUCCAUUAGAUUGACGCUGCAAAGCGCAUCAAGAAGCACAUCUUUCCAGAAAACGGUUUCUUCCCCUAUGCCUCAAU